UCAGAUGUAAAGAAAGGCAAACCAAAAAAGAGACCAUAUAGAGAUGAAAGCACACUGACAAAUGACCAGAAAGCCAUUUUGGAAGCUCUUAAGCAAACAGGAAACCCAGCACUUAUAGAAAGCUUUUGGAAAGAUAAUGGUGAAAAGAAGUUUUAUAAGAAGAGAAGCGGUCAGUUCUGGAAGUAUCUUUGCACAUUACCUAUAAAUCUUGAACGCUACCAAAUCUUCAAUGAACUGAACAAAAGAACUGCAACACUUAUGACAGAGGACAAUUGUUUCGUUUAUGCUUGCAUUCAGGCUGGAGUAAAUGAAGAAACUAUUGACCACAUGAGAGAAGUCAUUCGUGUUAGAGACUUUCCUCAAAGUAAAGUACAAGAAAUUUCUGACGCAACAGGUAUAUCAUUUAAUGUUACCAUUGGUUAUUUCAAUGAGUCAAGACAUAAUGAAAUAAAGAGAUAUAUACCAAAAGAAUGCGAAACUGUUAGAACUAUUGACUUACUUCUUGUUGAAGACCACUACAUGCUAAAUGAAAGAUUACCAAUGACAACAUACUUCAUUCGAAACUAUAAAGAAAUUCUCAAAGCUUGUGGUGGAAUGAACAUUGAGAAACAGAUGAAGAUUUAUACAAAGAGAGAAGAUAAAUAUGUAGUUCGUUAUGAUAGAACAACACCGUUAUGGGAUGUUAUGAAAACAUUGUGGGAGUGCAAAUAUUUCGAACCUAUUUCUUAUGGAGAACUUUUCACAUAUACUACUGACUUAUAUAAACAGAACCUUGCACCAUUUAAAGAUUUGACAUAUGCUCCAAAGUAUUGUGUACAACUGAAGAAGAAAGCAGAGUCAAAAGAAGUAAAUAAAGCUAAAUGUAAAUUCAUACCUGAGCACGUUUUCUUUGCUGACUUUGAGUGUAGUACGGAUGGCUUUCAUAAAGCUUUUAACAUCUGUUAUGACAGUGAAGAUGGUUCAGUUAGUGAAAGCAUUUGGGGUCAAAACUGUGCAACAGAAUUUUUGGAAAGACUUCCUGA